CGAUAUGCUAACAGGAAGACUCAGUCCCACGGCCGCUUCCGAGAGACAAGCUAGCACGGUUAGCAAGAAGACGCGAAAUUUACGGCGGUGAUCAAGGAUAGUACACUCUUUAGUCUUGAAAAAAAGUACAAAACCUUGCUUGGUUUGUCCGCUCAAGCAAAAAUCCAAGUGAUGGUGGCUCAACGUGUUAACUGGCAGUGUGUUAAUUAAUCUAACGGCUUCUGCUUAACACUAUUCGUGCUCAACGAUGAGAGAAAGCCUCCUGUUGAAAAUCUACGCACUGGUGAAUAUUUAAAAAGUGUGCUAGAAAACGAUAGUAAGGAAGAUAUGUUAACUAAUAUCACGUCUGCGAAUCUGAAAAAAUAGCACACAAGUGAUGGGUGGGAAUUUUCAGAUGCUCUCCCAGCUCCCGCAGUUUAAUGGUCGAGGGACUGUUUCUGUAUUUGUGUGCGUGUAUCUAUCGAAGGAUAGAAAGUGCAUGGCAGAUAGCAGCCAGUUAUCACAUCCCUAAUUGAGGUAUCGAAGGAUUAUUUACACUAAAUCGUAUGCCUUUUAAGUGAUAAGCUGAUACGAUACGAACUGUGCUGACAGAAAUCGCUCACACCAACUUGCGUAAAGGUGCUUCAAUCAAGUGUGUGAGUUUGUGUGGGUGGAAAGAUCAUUUUCUAUUCGGAAUACGGUCCUACCGCAGACUCCUCUUCCUUUGUUCUGUUUCCCGAGCAGCAGUGGUGGCUCAUGAUUCCACGUGUUUGAAUAGUAUCUGUGCUGUCUGGCAGGCUGGUACGCCCAUCUGAUGAUUCUAGCCGUCAUCGGAAGCCUUGAAUUCGUUCUCACGAACACCGAAUCGGUGGGCCCGUUUCUAUCAACAGGAAAAACGAUGCCAACGAUGCCGAAAAGUAGUUAUUUAUGGUGCUCUUGAGCCUCGGGCGCUACGGGAGGAGAGCUGCACCAAACGGAUAAUCAAUAUUUCAUGCAAAAAACACAACAACACAACUACUACCGUUAGCCGUGCAACUGAAAUCAUCCCACACGCUCUCUCACCAUCGCCAACCCGCCCCGUGCCACGAUCGAAGAUUAACAACAGUCCUGCGGUAAUGUCAAUGGAAGGAAACUUUUGAGCCCCAUUAGCCGAAUCAGCCUCAUUUCGAAAGUUAACAUACCUACGAAUCCUGCAAACAGCCGGCAGCAUCACUUGCAUAUCGUUGCUAAACACACGGUCUCACUCGGAAAAGUUUCCUGGAGAACGGCGGUAGAAACGGCAGAGAACAGUAAAUCAAUGCGAGUAUGGCAACCCCACCGGACAGUCCAAUCGAAGAGGUGGUCUAUGAACUGGAACCCACCCGGGCACCGAAACCUAUUCCAGUGGCACUCGAGGACCUUUGUCAGCUCACGAAGUUCUCCCGCCAGGAGAUACGAGUCAUGUAUCGGGGAUUUAAAACGGAAUGUCCCGAUGGAGUAGUGCACGAAGAUAGUUUUAAGGAUAUCUACGCAAAAUUUUUCCCCCACGGAAAUUCCAGCCUUUAUGCACACUAUGUGUUCAAAGCAUUUGAUGUUAAUUGUAACGGAUCCAUUAGCUUUCGGGACUUAUUAGUUACUCUAUCGACACUACUGCGAGGUUCCGUUUACGAACGAUUACGGUGGACAUUCCGAUUAUACGACAUCAACGGGGACGGCUGUAUCAGUCGAGGCGAACUAGCCGAAAUAGUGACUGCUGUGCAUGAGCUUAUGGGUAGGAGGCCUAAUCAUCCGGAUGACGACCAGAAAGCUAGAGAGCAGGUCGAUCGAGUCUUUCGAAAGCUGGACCUCAAUCAGGAUGGCAUCAUCACGAUCGAAGAGUUUCUGGAGGCCUGUCUCAAGGACGAUGUCGUCACCAAAUCGCUGCAAAUGUUCGACACCUGCCUUUGAUGACCGUCUUCCGAAAGUGUAACCGAUGGUCAACUGAAAGCGACGGAUUUGGAGCGUUUUGCACUGAUUCAUUUGUAGAAUUAGCCGAAAACUCAAUCGCUGACUAUUAGCUAGGCUAGCAAGCGUUCGCGCACAAUUUUAGUUCGCGUUUAGUUUUUAUUGUUCCGAUAUCGAAGCAACUAAAAUUGGGAGACUACAUUCCGACAAACCGAAAUAGUUAUUUGGAACGUUCGCCAAUCAGUAAGUUAAGAGAAAUACUCACAAAAAAUCACUACUCAAUGAUGUUUUCAGACGACUUUGAGUUACCUGCCGUACCGAUGAUUUGAUUAUCAAGUAACUUUUCUAAAGAGCCGAAUAAUUUUCACAUUGAUUGAAAGGGAAAAUAAAAAAAUAACAGUUCAAAAAAGUCAUUUGGGGGUUUGGAACCUCUUGGGUUCCAGUUUGUGCUAAAGUGCGCAUGACUAAAUUGAAUUAUUUACGUUUCGCAUUCAGCUCAUCAGUGCUUAGCGUAUUAUGCUGAUCCGCGAGGUGGCAUUAGUAGUUCAACAUGAUCUGCUAAUGCACUGAUGAGCUGAAUGCGAAACGUAAAUAAUUCAGUUAAAAAACAUUUUCGCAAUUGACAAGCAAUUUUAUAUUUCGUUUUUUGAAUACAGCCAAUGCAGUUAACUUCAAUAAAACACAAUUACUUUUGAGCUCAUGUCCAGUUUCGAAAACGGAAAUUUGAAAUCCUAUUGCAUUUUCAUGUUUUAGGAAAUUCUUCUAUUCCAGAGAGUCCAACCUAAAUUCUGCAAAAUAUUUCCAAUUACAUUCGAACUAGUUUUGCAACGCUUUAAGGUCACGCUUAAUCAUUGUUGAUAGAAGUUACGAUGAGAUAAAAUGCAGAGCGCUUCUCUGCUUGAGCUCGCACAUCCCUAUAAUGAAAGGCAUUUGAUUUUCCAAUGUUGUUCUCGAUAUCAAAAAUCACUAGCUGCACUUAUUGAAUGCUAAGAAAUUUAAUUUUCCAUUUCAUUAUGAAUAAAAAAAAAAUUAAAAUACUACAUUUUAUGUUGAAACAAGCAAACGAAGCUCAAACUUCAGAAUAUUAUUUUCACUUUUAGUGGAAUUUUUACACUUCAACGCUAGGAAUUUUCAACCUUUCACUUCAACAGUCACCGAUAGGCAAAUUAAAAAAGAAAACAUCACUUUUUUGUGGCUCAAAAAUGAUAUCAUUUUAAGUUAUACGCAUGAAACUGUCAAUGGAACGCAUGCAAGCUGCAUGUCGAAUGGAAAAAUAAUAUAUGUUUAAAAAUUUCAUAUCACAUUCCAUAAAAUUGAAGCAAUAUUAUAUUAUGAUAAAGUAAUGUAAUAUUGUAGCGAACUAGAAUAAAUUUUGUGUUAUUGUAUGAUUCAUUCCAUUUUCGAUCGUUUAUUUAACCAUUAAGGAAUAGAGGAAAAUUCAAAAUGCCAUUAUAGUAUAGAAAGAAUACGGAAGGAUAAUAAAAUGUAAUAAAAUAUUAUGACCCGAACAUGAACCCGAGUCUGCGAGAUCAUUUCGGUAAUAAUCUGUACAUUAGUUACACUAGUUUAGGCAACAACUGAAUUGGAGAAAAAGGCAUUAGAAAGCUAUACGGACUGGAACAGUAUUUUGAAUCACAACAUAACAUUAGUGAUAGUCAAGAAUAAUGCAAAAACUUUAACAAAAAAAUAAGGCGAAAGUUUAGAAACUAGUUUAAAAUAGUAAAUAAACAUAGAGACACAGGCGUUCGUUGACAAUAGACAAUCGUUUAGACACAGAAAUGUAGCUUCAAACAGGCUGCUAGCAGUUGUUCAUGCUGUGUAGUUACAAUUAGAACCAAAACAAAACCAAAUUACGUGCAAAUGACUCGAGAAAAAUUAACAAAAACCAAACAAAAACACGAUGUUGGGAUAUUGCCAUAACGUAGAACAAAUAUUUUAAUUUGGUAAUUUUGUUAUCAGAGAUGAGUUUUCUUUCCACGGUAUUGUUUGAUUUUGUGCUGUCAGAAAUGGUUGUAAAUUAUAUCAAAAUAGUUUCUAAGCAUUCAUAGCGGAAACAGGAAAACACCAAUUAUGUAUGUAAGUAUUUUAGUAAGAACUUGCAAAAGCAACUGUAUUAUUUACCACUGGAAAGCUCGAAUAAAACCACAGAGAAAAAAUAUAGAACAAAAAAGUAUUGUCAACUAGGUAAAAACUAUAUAAGAAUAUAUGUUUAAAACUUCUCUUCUGUAUGUUACAUUACUGCAAGAAUUCAACAAAUAAUCAGUGUGUAUCAACAAACUUAAUCACGAUUCAUAGCACAAAAUCGUCAGUCAAGAGAUUCUGAUCUGUAUGUUUAUAACAACAUUAGAAUCAAACGCGCUAAGCGGUUUGAAGCUUGCACAGCUCAGAGUUAAUCAAAGGGAACGUUAGCAAUUGUCUCAAGCAUUGUACAGUUCGUUUAUACACUUAAAUCAUAGUAUUUCAAAAGAGGAUUUAAUAGUGUCCGUAACACAGGAAAACCGAAAUGAAAGAUGCUACAAUUCGCACUUAAACUAUUUUUUACGUAAAAAACGCGAAAUCAUCAUUCGUCUGUUUAGUUGUUUUAGUUUGAACGAAUCGCAUACAAGCAUUUCCAUCUUCCAAUCGAGAAGAUGAUGGUCCAGUUUCAUGAAUCAUUUGAUCACAUGCACAUGUCAGGAAGUGUCGAUAUGGUCUUAGAACCAGUUUCAGAUAGAUCUUAUUUGUUUACUUUCUCUGUUGAUUAUUACAGUUACAUACGAAAAAACUGUAAAAUUAUUUGUGACACCACGAGGCUCUUAAAGGUGGUCACAGUAAAUAUAGUCUUUUUUCAAACGAGAAUCAAUUGGCAAGAGUAGUUUUUCAUACAAGAUGAAACCGCGGCCAUCUAAACUAUUUGGACAUUAUAGAGAAGGACAAAGUAAAAAUGAUAGAGUCAUUAAAUGGUCGUUUUCCAUCCUUCCGUGCCUGUAAAAAACAGUUCCCGGAUAUCUGGCAGUCCAGCGGAAAUGUAAAAUCUUCUGAAAAAACGCAAUCCUCUCUACUCUACGAUUCGAUUGAGAAAACUUUGCCAAUUAAGGUAAAAACACAUUUAUAUACCAAACCAAUAUUUAUCUGGUUCUGGUUUCAUUUCUAUGUCCAUGUUGUUCCAUAAACAUUUGACAAGACCAUAAGACAUGAAGGAAAAGUGAAUACGUGUGGCAAGACCGGCAAGAGAAAGACGCAUUUCUGCUAACACUAUUUUGACAGUUUGAUACGCCAGUUUUAUCAAGGUGGGAAGAAGGGGGCUAACAGGGCACUCGCCCCGGACUCAACGUUUUUAGGAAGGCGGCAAAACAUUCCUUGGAACCUUUUUUUUGCUCGCCCAAGUCAUCUUGCCGGAGGUGGAGUUCAGCUGUGUAUUUUUUUCACCCCGAGCGCCAAAUUUCCUCGGUACGCCACUGGCUAGGUAGCUAUUACCACCAAACGGUUCCACAGACGACCGACAGCGUGUACCAGAAGUUUAUGCCGGUAUUCUGGCUAAAUAUUCAUAACAGAUGAAAAAUGGAAAUAAGGCAAAUUUACAAAGCAAGACCUAGGACAGAUUCAGAAAACUAUGUAUCCGCUUUUAAAACAAGUUUUUGACCAACUCUGGUUGAAACUGGCACACGCAAGUACUCGACCUUUGAAAUUACACUAAGAAAAAACAAUUAGGCAUUUAUAGAGUCGGACUUAUGAACCAAGGGGAAAUCAAUUUCAUUGGGAGGCAGAGAUUUCCAUAGAGUCUUAAAAUGUUCCUAAUUGUUAUCUAUGCAUUAUAUAAUUAUUCACUUUAUAUUUUUUAACAAUAGUUCGUAAUAGUUUCUCAUGGUUUCAUCAAAAAUGCGAACUGAAAAGGAAUGUCGGAUCCGAUUUUCUGGUUACUUCAAAACAGUCGAAGUUAAUAAAUGAAUUUGUUUCGCUAUUUCCAGUCUUGAAAAAACAGGUAAAAUUUAAUUUCGAAAUGUUUUUUCCGGAGAACCGUCAUUCAUCAUAAAUGUAUCCAAGGAUGGAUUAUCGUAUCAAAGAACGCUUACUAGCAACUCUGCACACGAUUCAAUAGUGCCAUCAAAGAGAGACGGAUAUCAUCGCAGCAACAAAAAACCGGCAUGGUUCUUCAUUUAACAUAGAAUAGACACCGGUGCGCCUGUCUGAGAAUCAAAGGUUAGCUCGCUGCUGUGGGGAUUAUCUCUGAAGCAAUCAACGGUCGCUUAUUUUCGUUUCGAUUCCGUAUGGGCAGUAGAAAAUUGCGAUAGAUUCAUUUUACUAUUGCCGCUUAUUCUAGCUAUGUAAAUAAAACCUUUGUAUAAGAUGUGUCUAUGGAAAUGCAUGUGAAUGCUCCACACAAGGGUUUUGAAAUAUUGCAACCUAGUAUGAGAAUCAUCAAGUCGAAUCAUCGAUUGGAUUUUCUGCGACAAUUGUCAACUUGCGAUUCUCUCUUGGUAAAUUCCACACAGCACCAAUCAUUAUCAGACUAUAAUUUUUUUAGGGCCGUGCAAUACUCAGAGUAUGAAGUGGAGCGAAGAAAUGUAGAAAAAUUAUCUCGCGGUUCAUGCAUUACGAGACUCGAGUUCUUGUAGCAUCUUCUACCGGAUUGAAAAUGUUGUAUACAAUAUUGGUAAAUAUCGAGCAGCUUCUGUCAAAGUUUUCGGCAAUCACCAACACUGAAUGUAUCAUAACAAAAACAAGUUCUUUUGAUCGAGGCGAAAAUUACGAAUCGAGGCCGCAUUACGAACGACGAAACCUGAAGAUUCAUAUGAUUUUAUCAUUAUGUAACUUAGUUUAAUUUUCAUUUUUUUUAAUAGCUAAUCAUAAACUUAGCUAAAUUUUUAUUUAAUAUCCAACGAAACACAGAUUGAGAAUCGUUAGAUAAUAAAAUGGGAUUACGAAAAACGAAAAUCUUUCAAACCAAUCUACAACCACUGGAACUGUUCUACCAUUUUAGCUAUUCUGGAAUUUGAUUAAACAGAGCGUCGUACAAGUAAGCAUCCACAAGCUACACGCAAUAUUUGACACAUUUUCGUUCCAAUCGUUCGCCAGAUGAAGAUAUACGACAUAAAAAAAUCUGUAGUUCCUUCUAUGGGAUUUCUAUUUCGUAUGUUAUAAUCAUACGAAUGGCUAGGGCUAGGUUUGAUGCAUCCAACAGAAUUCCGUUUAUUAUGAACCGAGCGCUUCUUAACUUUGCAUAAAACUGUUUUUCAUGUUGUUUUUUUUUUGUUACACAAGUGACAAAUAACACGAUUACGUGAUUUCCUUCAAACAUUCAGAAAAAUAAUAGCUAAAAAUUGUUAGGAUCGCUAAUGAAUGGUGCAUAAUAAAUUUGAACCAAAACUAAAAUCUUGCUUCCCAUUUAAAUUUACUGAAUUUUUAAACACUUCUUGCUAAUAUUGUGUGUUGUUACGGCAAUAUUCUUCUUACAGUGUUGCAAGUAGGUAACCAAUUUUGCUCACGCUAAAAGAUGUUUUAUAUGGUUUUUAAACCAAUAAUUCUAACAAUUUUAGGUCGUAAGCCUUGGUACAAUUUUAGGUCAUAAGCUACAAAAGAACUUUUGUUAGCUUUUGAUAAUCAACCCAACUUAAAACUGAAAAAGUGGAUGAUUUGUCCCAAAUAAAAAAUAUGUCCACCACACUACGUUAAUAGUUUACUGCAGUAACUCGCUUCUAAAAAAGAGACGAUAAUUUACUGAGCAUUUGAAAGCGAGUUUUGGCAUUUGGUGACGAUUCAUUCUGAAAAAAACUGCAAACAAAAAUAAUAGAAUAUAUUUGUCUGCAUGGUUAUAACAUAAUUUUAUUUCGAUCGAGAUAUUCUGAUUUUCUCAGACAUGUUAAAAUGAAAAUUAUUGUUUUUGAGUAAUUUUACCGAAACAAACGACAUAUUUGGCAUUAUUAAGGCUAUUCCUCCCUCCUCAAAUGGAUCGAAAUAUUCGAUCAAUGUUGCAAUAGGUACCAAAUUAUGAAAAACUUCCGAUCUGAUGAGAUAUCCGAUUUCACAAUUCGAGAGCUUCCCUCACUUCACUAACUAGCUUACACAUAGAAAUAAAAUUUUUUGCUACGUCCAGAAUUAACCCACUUCGACAAAACCAUGCGCAUAUUCAUCGCAUUCGUGGAUUUUUUUGGAUUUUGGUAAUUCAAAUCCUAGUUAAAUACAUACACUCCUAACUCUUGCGAAUAAUUUGGCGUCAAUACCAAAAUAUGUCUCCAGCAUCGGGUAUUACAUCGCAACGAGUCCAUGAUAUUUGUGAUAUAACAAGAAAAGCAACCCUAGUUUAUACUGAAAAUAUUUUCAAAGUACUUUUUCUCAGAUGGUUCAUGGAAUUAAAAAAACAAGUUCUGAAUUAAAUUACAUAACAAAAUUUCCAAUAUAGCAAAAUGUUAAUCGUAAAACGUGAUAAAUGAUAUUCAUUCAAACAUGUUUGUGAAUUUCAUAAAAAUGUUCUAUGAAUAUCUAAAGUAAAUCUUUGAAAAUUGAAAAUUCUGUCCACGCCUUUUUUGACAUUUACCGGAUUCUAUCCAACUCUCAAGCCCUGUUCGAAAUGGAAUUUUGAAUUCCAAAUCAAUGCCAACCGAUUGAUUCGAAAAUCUGUCGGAAUUAAGCGAGAAUUGCGAACUAAAUUGACAUUGUGUCUUCUUAUUAUAUUUCUUCUACAAUUUGCCCGUUUUCGUGCAGAUUUUCAUUCAAAAUCGGAAUGAAUUUUUAGUUCUAUGAAAAAUGACCCUCUAUUUUUAGUUCUAUGGAAAUGACACUGUUUUUUGUAAAGUUACAAAACUAAAAAAAGGUGAUACGAUCGAAAAUUAGCCAGACAAAAAAGUAUGUAAACCCAUCCUUUUCACUUAAAAAUCAAAGUCUUGUUUCGAUUCAUACAGAAUGAAAAGGAACUCUCUCGCAAGUUUAUUUUUGGCGUAAUGCGGUCCUUUCUUUCAUGUUUUGCACUGCCUCCUUGGUUAUUUUCUUCACCACUGAACACAAAUUUACCUUGAACAGUAUCUGAUGAUUAUCUUUCGCGUGUUCCUGAUAUUCUGCUUGAAGAUAGCCAUGUUUUUUUUUCACGUAAUGGCAAAUUGGCCAAAAGUAGCGGAACAAUUUCAGUUAUCAUAUAAUAUUUCUGUCCAUAAAGCUAUUCAAAGUUUAUCGCCAUGUAAUUAAACUUCGACAGUAUCGUCAUGAUCGUACUUCGAUCGACUUGUAUUGCUUAAUGUUUCGAUUCGGAGUUAUCAUCUUCUUGUAAGUUAACAAUUUGACACGUUUUUCAGCUCAAAACAAGGUUAUUGACGACACUUCCAUAAUGUUUGCCACAUCUUGGACGGAGAGGCUGGGGUUCCGCUUAAAACAGUUGGUCCUGCUAUAUGUUGGCAGUCUCCGGUUUCCGAAUUCCUUCCGAUUCUGAUUUUCAGACUGUAAGCAAACUUACUCUAAACACUUUUAUUAGGAUGGCGACCAAUUUCGCCAAUUUGGUGUGCGAGUAGUUCGAAUUUUCGAUAUGCGCGACCAAAAUUUUGACGCGUUGUUGCUUUGGCUUCGAUACCAAUUUCACAACUGUAAAACAAAUAUCA